UCACUACAAGUCUACAACACACACACACACUCUCACACUCACGCCUAUACCUUCACAAAAAAAACCAGUUUCGUCACCAUGGUGACAUUCACUGCGCGACGGAGCGAGCCCGAGCUGGUGCGGCCGGCGCGGCGGACGCCCGUGGAGACGAAGGCCCUCUCCGACCUGGACGACCAGUGGUCGCUGCGGUUCUACGAGUCCAUCGUCGGCUUCUUCCGCAGCCCGCCGGGCGAAACCGUCAAGCCAGGCAAGGUGGCCAGGGGCAUCAAGGCGGCCGUGGCGGCGGCUCUGGUGUACUACUACCCCAUGGCCGGACGUCUGCGGAAGCUCCCCGACGGGAACAAGCUGGUGGUGGACUGCACCGGGGAAGGGGUGAUGUUUGUGGAGGCCACCGCAGACGUGCGGCUGGAGGACCUGGGCCAGCCGUUGGUGCCGCCGUACCCGUGCGUCGAGGAGUUCCUCGGAGACGCCGGUGACACCAGGGUUGUAGUUGGCAAGCCUUUGCUUUUCCUCCAGGUAGCGUUUCUUAACUCCAUUUGUUUCAUUUUCACUUGUGUGACACAACUCAAAUGUGGAGGAUUUGUUAUUGGGCUUCACAUGUGCCAUUGCAUUGCUGAUGGUUUUGGUAUCCUCCAAUUUAUCAAGUCCAUAGCUGAUUUUGCAUGUGGUGAACUCGUCCCAACCACUUUGCCUGUGUGGAAACGAGAUACCUUCACAACUCGUAUGCCACCCUCCAUCACGCAUGUCUACCCAGCAUAUAAACCAUUUAUUCAGGGGUUGGAUUGCAUGGGAGAUGAUGUGAUGUUAUCAACUCCGCCAGAAAGCAUGGAAGUGCAAUAUUUAUUUUUUGGGCCGAAAGAGAUAGAAAUUUUAAGGAGCCAUCUCCCAGAACACACUUCCAAAUCCACCACAACAUUUGAGUUGCUCACGGCUGUUAUGUGGCGGUGUCGCACACUAGCACUUGGUUAUGGAUCUAGUCAGAAAGUGCGCAUCAUGUUUACCUUAAAUACGCGUGGGAGAAGCAUUAAUGGUGAAAGUGCUGUCCCGCGUGGUUACUACGGAAAUGCACAUUUUUCUCCCAUGGUCGAGGUCACCGUCAAUGGGCUUGUUACACAGCCCUUGGAACAUGUACUUGAGAUGAUACACAAAGUCAAGUUAGACACCACAAAGGAUUGCAUGAAGUCAAUGGUUGAUUUGAUGGCAUUAUGGAGAGAACGUUCACCUUUUGGUAUGGACAGGACAUAUGAGGUUAGUGAUACAAAAUGGGUUGGAGGCAAUGCACUGAGAUUUGGGAAGGCCGAGCUAGUUGCUGCAGGCACACCACAUGCUGGCGACUUCACAUCAAAGUUGAUAAGUUAUCAUACAAAGUGCAAGAAUGAAGACGGUGAAGACUCAACUGUGGUAUCAAUCUUACUACCUAAACUUGCAAUGGUGAGGUUUACAAAGGAGAUGGCAAUUUGGUUGAAGAAGUAGAAAAGAAAGAACACAAUAAACCGUGUUGAAUUUAUAUGAUGUUUACUUUUAGCGUUACUUAGUGUCUUGCUCCAAAUAUCCAACAAGUUGGUUGUAUGCUGCCAUGGAAUAAUGUAUGAAAAUAGGCAGCAUCUAGCU